GAGGUGGUAAUUGCUCUGAUUCGUCUACACUGCGCCGCCUUUUGGUUCUCGGAAAUCCCUCUUUGAAAUCUUGCCUCUGGUGAAAUGACCAGGAAAUGCAGCGGCCGGAAGUGAACCAAAACUGAAAGAGACUGGGGAUCUGCAAGCGGCCCGCCUUAGCUCGCUGGUUUGAUGCAGUGAGACCGUGAUGGAGAGAUCCAGCAGUUGGACAGAGGUGGUGUUGUUAGCAUGUGGGUCAUUUAAUCCCAUCACAAACAUGCACCUCAGGAUGUUCGAAUUGGCCCGCGAUUAUCUCCACCAAACAGGAAAGUACAGGGUAGUAAAGGGUAUAAUAUCUCCGGUCAGUGAUGGAUACAAGAAGAAGGGUCUAAUUGAAGCGAAGCAUCGACUAGCUAUGGUGAGAAAGGCCACAGAGAGCUCUGACUGGGUCACAGUGAGUUCUUGGGAAAGCCAACAAGAAGAGUGGGUGGAGACUGCUAAAGUUCUCAGAUACCAUAAUGACAAUUUGGAGAUCCUCAGUAAUAAUGAGAAGAAAAUCACGACCCAACGCAGGAAGGGCAAGAAAAGGAAGCUCAAUGAAAAAGAUGACAGUACCCUGGAAGCAAAAGAGGUCCCUGGGUUAAUGCUCCUAUGUGGAGCUGAUGUUGUGGAGUCUUUUGGCAUUCCCAACCUGUGGAAGAAGGAAGACAUUGAAGAGAUUGUGGGGAAGUUUGGCAUCGUGUGCAUCAGCCGUCUUGGGACCAACAUCGAGAAAUUUGUCUAUGAGUCUGAUAUCAUGUGGAAGUUCAAGGAAAAUAUUCAUCUUGUGACAGAAUGGAUUGCCAAUGACAUCUCAGCCACAAAAGUUCGGCGAGCUUUGGGAAGGGGACAGAGUGUUAAAUAUGUGAUACCUGAUUCCGUCAUUGAAUAUAUUCAAAAGCACAAUUUGUAUGAUCCAUGUAGUGAAGACAAGAACUCUAAUAUCACUUUAGCACCAAUGCAACGCUAUGCAAAAUGAUCCAUAGGAGUUCACCACAGGGUCAGACUGGAUCAGAUUGAUCAUGUACACACAUUAUUUUUAUUGCAUGUUUGGGUUAUUUUUAAUAGAGUUAAUGUACUGACCUCAGUGCCUGUAUUGGGCUCCAAGAAUGGGAGAAGGUGUCUGAUAUGACGGGUGAUAAAGAGUUGGUCUAGACCAUUGCCUCAUGGCAAGACCUAAAACUAAAGGCUGUAUUAUCGUCAGUGGAAUUAGCUACAUACUGUGUGCCUCAAGGCUGCUGUAGGAGAGAACCUUUUAAUAUACCGUAUUAUAUUCUAUUGGAGUACUGCCUUAUUGAUGCAUUAUGCUGUUUUUAAGCCUCCUAACUAGAGCCAUCUGCGAAUGUGGAUAUCCAACCGCCUCUCUUCCUUCAACUCUUUGACAUUUUAUGAGGCCUCAGUGGUCAUCCCUUGUAAGAGACCACUUGUUACAUGCUGUCCACGUUAGAGACAUUACCUUUUACACAGACUUUGUGUCUCCUCCGUCCCAACCAACUACCACCCCAGGUUGUGCUCAUUUUGAGCGCUUUCAUUUUUUUGCUAAUGAUCGCUCCUACGUGUAGAGGCCAGACUGUCCGUCUCCAGCUGGGAGCUGGUGCCAGAGAUGCCCCACCGCACCCCCCUCCACCCCCCACCCCCCACCCAUCUCCUUGCCUUAAUGACUGAAGAUUUACCUGAGGAUGCUGCUGGGGCAUGUCUCUCACCUCUGUAAAGUUAGUCAUUUGGAGCCUGACCAAUAGAUUUUAGACCCCAUUUGAAAAUGGGAAUGUGUCACAGAGCCUUGCACACCCCCAGUGUAGCUGCUCAAGUGUUUUGUAAUGGGCCUUGUCUAAGGUGGCCGUGCCUGGAAUGCUGAGCUGGAGUGCUGUGUGCUGGACUACCUCAGUGCUGGCACCUGGAACACAUCUGGAAGAGGUGUCAAACCAAUCAAAAGACCAUCCAGAUUCACUAUUCUCCUUGGCACAAGGCAGGGCUAAAGGUCAUUUAGCUGGACCCAGAAGAGAAACUCUAAAUAAACAAAUCCCACGCAUUUGUUACGACGUUGAAUGAGAAACUGGAAAUAAAAUAUGUGCACUGGUC